CUCAUCGUCACCACACCACCGUCUUUGUCUCUUUCCUAGCAUUAUCAAUUUCUCACCUUUCUUUAUUAAGUAAACAAACCUUCCCAUUUCUCCGCGUGUCUCCAUCUCUAUCCCUUCCCCUGUUUCUCGCUUCUUCCGUUUCAUGUGCCAUUUUUCCACCAACAUUUGCUCUCUUUAUCAAUCUUCUUUCUUCUGUGGAUAAUUAGUCGUGUUAUCCGGAGAUCUCCUUGUCAUUGUGGAUAAAAAGCUUGUUCCUGACAUUGUAAUCUGUUCAAAACAACGUUGCUGCUCUUCUGUUCUUGUGUUUUCAAUGAAGAUGGAGAUGUUUCAGUACCAGGAGGAGCAUAUAAGGAAUUCGAGGGGAGCUCUGCUUUUUACUUGUAGAUGGUUGCCUUUGUCUUCUCCAAAGGCGCUUGUUUUCCUCUGCCAUGGUUAUGGAAUGGAGUGCAGUGGAUAUAUGCGAGAAUGUGGAACCAGGCUAGCAAGUGCAGGAUAUGGUGCAUACGGGAUUGACUAUGAAGGGCAUGGAAGGUCCAGGGGUGCUCGUUGUUACAUAAAGAAGUUUGACAACAUUGUUAAUGACUGCAGCGAAUAUUUCAAGUCUGUCUGUAUGCAGGAAGAAUACAGGGGCAAGAGCAGGUUCUUGUAUGGAGAGUCAAUGGGAGGAGCUGUGACCCUGCUUCUGCACAAAAAGGACCCUUCCUUUUGGAAUGGUGCUAUUCUUGUUGCACCUAUGUGUAAGAUAUCAGAGAAAGUGAAGCCACACCCUCUCGUUGUCAACAUUUUGACUAAAAUGGAAGAAAUCAUACCUAAAUGGAAGAUAGUACCAACCAAAGAUGUUAUUGACUCAGCGUUCAAGGACCCCAUUAAGAGGGAAGAGGUAAGGAACAAUAAGUUGAUAUAUCAAGACAAACCAAGACUGAAAACAGCACUGGAAAUGCUCAGAGCCAGCACGAGCCUUGAAGAUAGUUUACAUGAGAUAACGCUGCCAUUCUUUGUGUUACAUGGAGAGGCAGACAUAGUUACAGAUCCAGAAGUGAGCAAGGCCUUGUAUGAGAAAGCCAGCAGCAAAGACAAGACUAUAAAGCUGUACCCUGGAAUGUGGCACGCUUUGACAUCUGGUGAACCCGACAAAAACAUAGAAAUUGUUUUUGCCGAUAUCAUAGCUUGGCUUGACAAGCGCAGCCAUGAUACUAUUGUUCAGCCAAUUCUUGAUGGAUGUGUUUUCAGCAAUGUUACACCUUCAGCUGCCGCAGAGGAGGCUAGAACACACUCACACGAGAGUUACUUCUCCGGAUUGAAGGGGCACAGUAAUCUCCACUCGGCAAUGUAAAUUGCUGCGUUGUUGGCGUGGGGUUUAUGAAUUUGUUUUCAUCUUCUUCUAACCGUGAAUUGAUUUUCUUUGAAAGGAAAAUGAAAUAAAAUGAUGUCUUUGAAGGAAAAUGAAAUAAAAUGAUAUGUAAUUUGUUUUUGAUCCAAAAAAACAAAAAAUUUGUUAGAAGAGUUUUCUGUUAUUUUAUCUAAAUUAUCUUAAAAAAAAAAAAACACCUUCUAAUGUU